AUGGGCAUAAUAGGGCUUACAAAAUUGAUAUUAGAUAAUUUCAUUCCAUCUUGUGGAGUAAGCUGUGACCCGGAAUUUCAAGGGUUGCAGGUAUCGUGGUCAACAUUGACGCUGUCGUCAAUAUUUUUUGCCGCUCAUUUAUUAGUCUGUUUUAAUUCUGCGGCCAAUCCAAUAAUGUACGCACUUAUAAAUCGUGAAUUACGGCAGCAGCAUAUCCAGGCGCUGAUAAGGCGACGUCGCUCAUUAUCCAACGCAACAAACGCUGCCCUGGAUGUGCUUGUCAAACAUUCGCACCAUUUGAUGGAAUGUGCCGUGCCACUGCAUUGCAGCUUCGAUACAGCAAGCUAUCAUCUCAAUCGACAUCGGACAAGAAAGGAAAACAAUUCGCUUUCACCAUCAACAGUUGGUAUGCGCUCGUGCUCGUUCAGUACUCCCACAAUGACCACUGGAAAUGAUGGCCCAAAUGUGACAUCGUCCGUGGAUCAGUUGCAGUCUGCUGAUGAUACGCCACUUCACGUCAGCUUCUCAAGCAUCGUGACGGACGGUGGGCAUGGAGAACAAGCCAGCACCAAUAGAAACUUCUUGCUCAUACCUCAAAUUAAAAUCGAAUCUACAGAUUCAUUUCUUUGA